CUCUUCUCUUGCCGUAGCCCUGAAACCGGAAGCUCUUCUGAAACAUGUCUUAUGUUUCCGGGCGAGAGCUGGGCUCGUUGGUACCAUGUGGGUGCUGUCGUGAAGAGUUGUUGUCUUCUAAACCCUGCUUGAAGUCCGAGUUCGGGAAAUUCACUUCUUCCCCUUGCAUGAAAGAUGACGUCUUUAGCUCAGCAGCUGCAACGACUCGCCCUCCCUCAAAGCGAUCCCAGUCUCUUGUCUAGAGAGGAAGUUGCAUCUUUGUUGUUUGACCCCAAGGAGGCGGCCACCAUCGACAGGGACACCGCCUUUGCCAUUGGAUGCACUGGCCUGGAAGAGCUGCUUGGACUCAAUCCUUCCUUUGAACAGUUUGAAGCACCAUUGUUCAGCCAGUUAGCAAAAACUUUGGAGCGCAGCGUUCAGACCAAAGCUGUGAACAAACAACUGGAUGAAAACAUUUCAUUAUUCCUUAUUCACUUGUCCCCUUACUUCCUGCUUAAGCCAGCACAGAAGUGUCUGGAGUGGUUGAUUCACAGGUUCCAUAUCCAUCUUUAUAAUCAGGAUAGCCUCAUUGCUUGUGUUCUGCCGUACCACGAGACAAGAAUAUUUGUGCGAGUUAUACAGCUUCUAAAAAUUAAUAAUUCUAAACACAAAUGGUUCUGGUUGUUGCCAGUUAAGCAAUCUGGAGUGCCCUUAGCUAAAGGAACUUUGAUUACUCACUGCUACAAAGAUCUUGGAUUCAUGGAUUUCAUUUGUAGUCUGGUGACAAAAGCUGUGAAGGUUUUUGCGGAGUAUCCUAGAAGCUCAGCUCAGCUGAGGGUGCUGUUGACGUUUUAUGCUUCUACCAUCGUGUCUGCUUUGGUGGCUGCUGAAGACUUAUCAGACAACAUAGUCGCCAAGCUAUUUCCAUAUAUCCAAAAGGGAUUGAAAUCAUCUUUACCAGAUUACAGAGCCGCAACAUACAUGAUAAUAUGUCAGAUUUCUGUGAAAGUGACCAUGGAAGAUACCUUUGUUAAUUCACUGGCAUCACAGCUCAUCAGAACAUUGACCAAAAUCCCCUCUUUGAUCAAGGAUGGACUAGGUUGCUUGAUAGUACUCCUGCAGAGACAGAAGCCAGACAGCCUUGGGAAAAAGCCAUUUCCUCACUUAUGUAAUGUUCCUGAUCUUAUUACAAUACUUCAUGGAAUUUCUGAAAGAUAUGACAUCAGUCCUCUUCUGCGUUACAUGCUUCCCCACCUGGUUGUUUCCAUCAUUAAUCAUGUUACAGGAGAAGAAUCUGAAGAGAGAGAUGGUGAAAUCUACAGGAGACACUUAGAAGCUAUACUCACAAAUAUAUCUCUGAAGAACAACUUAGACCAUUUGUUAGCUAGCAUUCUUUUUGAAGAGUAUAUUUCAUAUAGCUCACAGGAAGAAAGUGAUUCUAAUAAAGUAUCUUUGCUUAAUGAACAGUUUCUUCCACUUAUUAGACUUCUAGAAAGCAGAUACCCCAGAACUUUAGAUACUGUAUUAGAGGAACACCUAAAGGAAGUCACAGAUCUAAAAAAACAAGAGCUUUUUCACCAAUUUAUUUCUCUUUCUACAAGUGGAGGAAAGUAUCAGUUUUUAGCAGAUUCUGAUACCUCCUUGAUGCUCAGUCUGAAUCAUCCACUUGCUCCUGUGAGACUUCUGGCCGUUAAUCAUCUGAAAAAUCUCAUGGAAACAUCAAAGGAGAGUAUUGAUGAGUCUUUCAUAAAAGAAGCUGUUUUAACCCGAUUAGGUGAUGAUAGUAUAGAUGUUGUUCUGUCAGCUCUAAGUGCUUUUGAGAUUUUCAAACAACACUUUAGUUCAGAAGUAACUGUUGCAAAUCUUCUGAACCUCUUUCAAAGAGCAGAACCUUCAAAGAAUAGGGAGUGGUACAAGGUACUUGAGAUAGCAGCAGACAUAUUAGUUAAAGAAGAGAUCCUGAGUGAAAACUACCAGUUGGCAAAUCAGGUGGUGGUGCAUUUGCUGCCGUAUAUGGUCAUCAUCAGUGAUGAUAAGGAAUCUGCUGAGAUGAAAAUUGCUGUAUAUUUAUCAAAAUCAGGAAUUUGUUCUCUGCACCCUCUAUUAAGAGGCUGGAAAGAAGCUCUUGAAAAUGUGUUUAAAAGCACAAAGUCAGGAAAACUCACUGGUAUAGCAAAUCAGAAGAUAAUUCGAUUGUUGGCGGAUAAUAUAAAUUCAGGGGAUCCUUCUUCAAUGUUAAAGAUGGUGGAGGAUUUAAUAAGUGUUGGUGAAAAGGAGGCCUGUAACCUGAGGCAGAAAGUGACGUUUCACGUGAUCACGUCUGUGCUUGUCGGUUGCUGUUCAUCUUUAAAGGAAACUCACUUUCCAUUUGCGAUGAGAGUCUUUGGUUUGUUGCAGAAAAAAAUAAAGAAGUUGGAAAGUGUCAUUACUGCAGUGGAGAUCCCCCCAGAAUGGCAUUGUGAGCUGAUGUUAGACAGAGGCUUACCAGUGGAGUUAUGGGCACAUUACAUAGAACAGCUGAACACGGGUCAGAUGAUUGCUGUGGAGGACUCUGUCUUACUUGUAUUUGCACUAAAAAAUUUUAUUCAUGCACUGAAGGUUCCUAAGUGUUUUUCUAAAGAUGAUAGAUGGUGGAAUCCUGAGCAACUGAAAGAAGAGAGCAGAGACUAUCUGCACUUGCUUAUUGAGCUCUUUGAGAUUAUACUCGCUGGUGCUGAUGCCACUCAUUUCAGGGUUCUCAUGAAACUUUUCAUAAAGGUACAUCUAGAAGAUGUUUUUCAGUUAUUCAAGUUCUUUUCUGUUUUAUGGACCUAUGGUUCUAGCCUUUCAAAUCCACUCAAUUGCAGUGUGAAAACAGUGCUGCAAUCUCAAGCUCUUUAUAUGGGUUGUACAAUACUGUCUUCUCAGAAGGCAAAGGAUAAACACCAGCUUGUAUCCACGUCUUCUCCAGUGAUAUCACUGCUCAUUAAUUUGGGAAGCCCCAUAAAGGAAGUACGUCGGGCUGCCAUUCAGUGUCUCCAGGCCCUCAGCCCAGUGCAGUCCGAGUUUCAGCUGAUCAUAGAUUAUUUGGUUCCUAAAGCAGAGGAGAUCACCUCAGAUGCCACCUAUGUCGUUCAGGAUUUGGCUACUUUAUUUGAGGAACUACAGAGAGAAAAAAAAGUAAAAUCUCAUCAGAAGCUGUCUGAAACCUUGAAGCACCUACUUAACUGUGUAUAUAAUUGCCCAUCUUAUAUCGCAAAAGAUUUGAUGAAAGUACUGCAGCACGUCAACAGUGAGGUAGUGCUUUCUCACCUGUUGCCAAUGGUUGAAAAACUGCUAGAAAAGGUCCAGAAGGAGCCUAUAGCUGUCCUGAAAGACGAGGCCAUUGUUUUAUAUCUCACUCUGGGAAAAUACAAUGAAUAUUCAGCUUCGCUUUUACAUAAGGACCCAGUGAGUCUAGAUAUAUUCAUGAAAGCUGUGCACACAACAAAGGAACUUGUCACAGGAAUGCCAACCAUUCAGAUCACAGCCCUCGAAAAGAUUACGAAGCCAUUUUUUGCAGCUAUAUCAGAUCAAAAAGUUCAGCAGAAGCUUUUGGGAAUGCUGUUUGAUUUGUUGGUGAACUGUAAAAAUACACAUUGUGCUCAGACUGUUGGCAGUGUUUUUAAAGGGAUUUCUGUUAAUGCUGAACAAGUCAGAAUAGAACUGGAGCCACUGGAUAAAGCUAAAUCCUUGGGCACAAUUCAGCAAACAAGAAGACAAAAAAUGCAGCAGAAGAAAUCGCAAGAUCUAGAAUCUGCUCAGGAAGUGGAAGGUUCUUAUUGGCAAAGAGUAACCCUCAUUCUAGAAUUACUGCAGCACAAAAAGAAACUCAAAAGUCCUCAGAUAUUGAUACCAACUCUUUUUAACCUGCUUUCAAGAUGUUUAGAACCUUCGCUGUUGGAGCAGGGGAAUAUGGAAUACACCAAACAAUUAAUUCUUAGUUGUCUGCUCAACAUCUGCCAAAAACUCUCUCCAGAUGGUGGCAAAAUACCAAAAGAUAUUCUAGAUGAGGAAAAAUUCAAUGUGGAAUUGAUAGUCCAGUGCAUCCGCCUUUCUGAGAUGCCUCAAACCCAUCAUCAUGCCCUUUUACUACUGGGUACUGUUGCUGGAAUAUUUCCCGAUAAAGUUCUACACAAUAUCAUGUCUAUUUUUACAUUUAUGGGAGCCAAUGUCAUGCGUCUAGAUGAUACUUACAGUUUUCAAGUUAUUAACAAGACAGUAAAAAUGGUUAUUCCAGCGCUUAUUCAGUCUGAUGGUGGAGACUCUGUAGAAGUCACAAGAAACAUUGAAGAAAUCGUGGUAAAGAUCAUUAGUGUAUUUGUGGAUGCGCUGCCACAUGUUCCAGAACACAGGCGCCUGCCCAUCCUUGUUCAACUUGUUGACACACUAGGUGCAGAGAAAUUCCUCUGGGUCCUCCUCCUGUUGUUCUUUGAACAGUACGUCACUAAAACGGUGCUGGCAGCUGCCUAUGGAGAAAAGGAUGCUGUAUUAGAGGCAGACACUGAAUUUUGGAUUUCAGUCUGUUGUGAAUUUAGUGUCCAGCAUCAAAUACAAAGCUUGAUGAAUAUCCUUCAGUAUUUAACAAAGCUGCCAGAGGAAAAAGAAGAAACCAUUCCCAAAGCAGCAUGUAAUAAGAGUGAGUCACAGGAUGAAAUGCUACAGGUUUUUAAUGUCGACACUCACACUAGCAAGCAACUGCGGCAUUUUAAAUUUUUGUCUGUGUCCUUCAUGUCUCAGCUCCUGGCUUCCAGUCAUUUUAUCAGAAAGGUAGUUGAAAGUGGUGGUCCUCAGAUUUUAAAAGGCCUUGAACAGAGAUUGCUAGAAACUGUUCUGGGCUAUAUUAAUGCUGUAGCCCAGUCCCUGGAGAAAAAUGCAGACAAACUGACUGUGAAGUUUUGGCGAGCUCUCCUUAGUAAAGCUUACGACAUGUUAGAUAAGGUCAAUGCCUUGUUGCCUACAGAAACAUUCAUUCCUGUCAUCAGAGGGUUGUUGGGCAACCGACUGCCGUCUGUGCGCCGGAAAGCACUGGAUCUUUUGAAUAACAAGCUGCAGCAGAACACAUCCUGGAAGAAGAAAGUAGUUCACAGUUUCCUACAAUUAGUUCCAGUCCUUUUGGCCAUUGUGCAGCGUAAAAAGAAAGAGAUGGAAGAACAAGCAAUAAACAGACAGACGGCUUUGUAUACCCUAAAGCUUUUGUGUAAGAAUUUUGGUGCAGAAAAUCCAGAGCCAUUUGUCCCUGUGCUGACCACUGCAGUUAAACUGAUUGCUCCAGAAACCAAGGAGGAGAAGAACGUCUUGGGAAGUGCACUGCUGUGUAUAGCAGAGGUGACCUCCACCCUGGAAGCACUGGCGAUACCCCAGCUCCCCAGCCUGAUGCCGUCGUUGUUGACGACGCUGAAAACCACCCUUGAGCUGGUCUCCAGCGAGGUCUACUUGCUCAGUGCCUUGGCCACCCUGCAGAAGGUCGUGGAGACCCUCCCACACUUCAUCAGCCCCUACCUUGAAGGGGUCCUGUCACAGGUGAUUCACUUGGAGAAAAUCACUAGUGAAAUGGGUUCUGCCUCACAGGCUAAUGUCCGUCUCACAUCUCUUAAAAAGACACUGGCGACCACACUAUCACCCCGAGUCUUACUGCCAGCCAUCAACAAGACUUACAAGCAAAUUAAAAAGACAUGGAAGGAUCACAUGGGUCCAUUUAUGAGCAUCUUGCAGGAGCAUAUUGGGGUGAUGAAGAAGGACAUGCUCACCAACCACCAGUCUCAGCUCACCAAAUUUUUCUUAGAGGCCUUGGACUUCAGAGCACAGCACUCGGAGAAUGAUCUGGAGGAAAUUGGAAAAAUUGAAAACUGUAUCAUUGACUGUUUAGUAGCCAUGGUUGUAAAGCUUUCUGAAGUCACCUUCAGACCCCUGUUCUUCAAGCUGUUUGAUUGGGCUAAAACAGAAGAUGCCCCAAAGGACAGGUUACUGACAUUUUACAACUUGGCAGAUUGCAUUGCUGAGAAACUAAAAGGACUUUUUACUCUCUUUGCUGGCCAUUUAGUGAAGCCUUUUGCUGACACCUUGAACCAGGUGAACAUCUCCAAAACAGAUGAAGCAUUUUUUGACUCUGAAAAAGACCCUGAAAAGUGCUGCUUGCUGUUGCAGUAUAUUUUGAAUUGUUUAUAUAAAAUCUUCCUUUUUGAUACUCAGCAUUUUUUAAGUAAAGAGAGAGCAGAAGCCUUGAUGAUGCCUCUGGUGGAUCAGCUAGAAAACAGACUUGGGGGAGAUGAGAAGUUCCAAGAGCGGGUGACGAAGCACUUGAUACCUUGUAUUGGGCAGUUCUCCGUGGCUGUGGCAGAUGACUCUCUGUGGAAACCACUGAACUACCAGAUUCUGCUAAAGACGAGAGACUCCUCACCCAAGGUUCGAUUUGCUGCUUUGCUUACUGUGUUAGCAGUGGCUGAAAAACUAAGAGAGAAUUAUAUUGUCUUGCUACCAGAAUCCAUUCCUUUCUUAGCAGAACUGAUGGAAGAUGAAUGUGAAGAAGUAGAACAUCAGUGCCAAAAGACUGUUCAGCAACUGGAAGUCGUACUGGGAGAGCCACUCCAGAGCUACUUCUAAAACUUUGCUUUUUAGUGUUUCAUACUCUGUUCAGACUUCAGAUUUAUUUUUCAUGUUUUUGUUUUUGGAUUUUGGGUGCCAUAUUUCUGUUGGUACCUUAACACCCACUUGGACUAAAGAUAUUUAAUCAUUUCUUUACAAAAUUCCCACCUGGUUUGUGCUACCACAUAAGCUUCUCCUCCCAGUUGUAUAUAUUUGCAAAAAGAGUAAAUCGUACAUGGUGUUUUUA